GGUUUCUAUUGUUUCCACAGGUGGUGUGAAAGGAGAAAGACUCACGUCAGUCAGAACAGGAAAGGCAGACGAGAGAAAAUAUGCAGGAGUAAAGGAAGGAGAAUCUCGGGGGAGGAAACUUGAGUGGGAAUUUAACCAGCAACUCUCUCAGAAGGUGUCUUUUAAUUUUAUUUACUAGAAGAUUUAGAUUUUUCAUCAACUACUGGAACACGUGCAUGAGGACUGAGAGGAUGGGAUGUGUUUUCAUGCUGUCUGCUGCUGUGGACAGAGAAGUGGGUCAACACCCGAGACGGAGCUGAAAGGAGAGUUUUGUCUCACUGAGCCAGAAGGACUCGACUGUCUGUGGACAAAAACAAAAAAGACUGGACAUUUUUAGAUUUAGGAUUUUAACAAACAAAAUGUUAGUCAUUUGCAACUUGGUGUAUUUUGAAUCCUCAUCAAAAAUGUUUUUACUUGGAAAAAUCUUAUAGAUUUAUUUCCAAAUUUUGAAAACCUUAAAACAUCUCAGCUCUGAUCUGUUUCAAUUAAGACAACUGGACUAACUUGACUAAAUCCACUCCAACUUUUUGAUCAAUCAUCGCCCUUUAUUUAUAUAUUUUUUACAGUUUUGUAAACUUCAGCCUAUCGACUCUUGACCUCAGGGGUCAAAUAUUCCAAGUUUCCAGUUCAGCCUCCAGAGGGAUCAUUCCCUUCAUUCACUCUGGAAAAAAAGACACGAGUUGUCCUCCUAUCAUGCAGGCGCCAGGUCAUGAGCAUGAUGACACUUUUGAUUUCCUGUUUAAGAUCAUCCUCAUUGGAGACACCAAUGUAGGCAAGACCUGCGUGGUCCAGAAUUUCAAGUCCGGGAUGUUCACUGAGAAACAGCAGAACACCAUCGGGGUGGAUUUCACAGUGAGGACGGUGGACAUCAAAGGCAAGAGAGUGAAGAUGCAGGUGUGGGACACAGCUGGUCAGGAGCGGUUUCGUACCAUCACUCAGAGUUACUACCGUAGUGCUCACGGUGCUGUGAUCGCGUAUGACAUCACUAGAAGCUCGACCUUUAACUCGGUGAGCCAUUGGAUCAAGGAGGUUGAGCUUUAUGGAGCAGCUAACGUGGUUCUGGUGCUCAUAGGUAACAAAUGUGACUUGGAGCAGGAACGCCAGGUUCCAUUUGAGAAGGCCUGCAGCCUGGCGAAGGAGAGCAGCAUGCUCGCUGCUUUGGAGACGUCUGCAAAGGAGAGUCGAAAUGUGGAAGAAGCCUUUCUGAUGAUGGCCAGAGAGCUGAUGUCUCGCAAUGGCCUCCAAGUCCAGCAGGGAGAGACGGAGAGCUGCAGCGCUCCUCAGAUUCACCUCAGAAGCAACUCUCGACCAGUCGAAGUUACCCACGUAGCUGCUUACAAGCCACCUGAGAAAAAGACAUGCUGCUGAUGUGGGAACGGAAAAGGACUGAUGAUAUAAAUCAAAAGUAAACAAGGACAGUUGUGGUGGACGAUUGUUUUUAGUUAUUGGGAUUUUUGGAAAGAAAUGAAUGAAAUUUCAAAACAGGGAAGUUAUUUGAUGAUGCCAAGGACCAGAGGAUAUACAAGUAUUGAGAAAUAAACGCAGGAGUCAUCGUCACCACACGGAUCUCUGAUCAGGAGAGUCUCCUUAUCCCCUGGACAAGGACUGAUUCUGUUCUCUGAUGUCAUAAAUGCUGAAAGGACUAGAAACAUCUUAUUUAGUGAGUUUCUGAUGCUAAUUCAGAUCUGAAUUUCUUAGAAAAAAAUGUUUUGUUUCCUUUUAGCACUUACUUGCCUCGAAAGUGUUGAACCCAACACAACCAAAGGAUUGCAACAAGACAAGCAUGUAUGAGUAUUUUCAUGUUGCCAUUGUUUGUAAAGCUAUUUUAUGGGGCCUUGUUUACAUAAAUAAAAGAACAUACACGUGGUUACAUUUAGCUUCUAUUAACAAUAAAAAUUAGAUGGGAAAUUAA